AUGGCUCGCAAGUUCUUCGUCGGCGGCAACUUCAAGAUGAACGGAUCUGUUUCCGCCAUCAAGGAGAUUGUCCAGAACCUGAACAACGCUACCCUCGACCCCAACACCGAGGUCGUCGUCUCCCCUCCUGCCAUCUACCUCCAGCUCGUCCGCGACCAGCUCCGCAAGGACGUCGAGGUUGCCGCCCAGAACGUCUUCGACAAGCCCAACGGUGCCUUCACCGGCGAGAUCAGCGUCUCCCAGCUCAAGGACAGCAACAUCAACUGGGCCAUCCUCGGCCACUCGGAGCGCCGCACCAUCCUCCGCGAGUCCGAUGAGGUCGUUGCCUCCAAGACCAAGUACGCCACCGAGAACGGCGUCGGCGCCAUCUGGUGCUGCGGUGAGAGCCUCGAGGAGCGCGAGGCCGGCACCACCGUCGAGGUCGUCAGCAAGCAGCUUGCUGCCCUCAAGGCCGCCAUCUCCGACUGGUCCAAGGUCGUCAUUGCCUACGAACCCAUCUGGGCCAUUGGCACCGGCAAGGUCGCCACCAACGACCAGGCCCAGGAGGUCCACGCCGCCAUCCGCGCCUGGCUCAAGAAGGAGGUCAGCGACAAGGUUGCCGACGAGACCCGCAUCCUGUACGGCGGCAGUGUCAACGAGAAGAACUGCAAGGACCUCGCCAAAGAGAAGGACAUUGAUGGUUUCCUGGUCGGCGGUGCCUCUCUGAAGCCUGGCUUUGUCGACAUUGUCAACGCCAAGCAGUAA